AGAGAGAGAGAGAGAGAGAUCGAAAGUAAGUUGAUCCUCCAUUACAGGAGAAUAAAGAGUGACGCAGUGAAGGAGAAACCGAACUAAAUUCAACCAACACGAUUCUACAGCGGUUUAUUUUCACUGGGGAUCUGCACUGAAGCCCCUCUAUGAUGGAGCUUCAUAACUCCAGUGAUGGAGGAGAACCCUCUCAUCCAAAGGUGAAGAGAGCAGAGCUCAGCGAUGAGUCUAUGAAGAACUUCAGCAGUGGAGGAGGAAGCUCUGAAUCACGCAGGAUGGAAACCCAGAGAUCUGUUUCUCCAGUGAGCAGCUGUAUGUCUAUGAAGAGUGAAGACUGGUUCUCUAACUUGGCUUCACUACAACAGGAUGCCAGUUACCAUUACUCAGGACUGCAGAAAUCCAGAGCAGAACCUCCAGAACCCAGCUGUGUGUCUAUGAAGAGUGACAACUCAAUGUUUGUACCUCCUACCUUCAGAAAUAGAGCAGAACCUCCAGAGCCCAGCUGUGUGUCUAUGAAGAGUCACAACUCAAUGUUUGUACCUCCUACCUUCAGAAAUAGAGCAGAACCUCCAGAACCCAGCUGUGUGUCUAUGAAGAGUGACAACUCAAUGUUUGUACCUCCUACCUUCAGAAAUAGAGCAGAACCUCCAGAGCCCAGCUGUGUGUCUAUGAAGAGUCACAACUCAAUGUUUGUACCUCCUACCUUCAGUAAUGGAGCAGAACCUCCAGAGCCCAGCUGUGUGUCUAUGAAGAGUCACAACUCAAUGUUUGUACCUCCUACCUUCAGUAAUGGAGCAGAACCUCCAGAACCCAGCUGUUUGUGUAUGAAUAUCCACAACUCAAUGUUUAUUCCUACUACCUUCAGUAAUGUUGGAAUAUUUAAAAGGAGAAACAGUAAUCUACUGCAGGAUCAGUCCAGGUGUGGAUUGUGUGAGCAGCUUCUUACAGAUCCAGCCUCUAUCACCUGUGGACACAGUUUCUGCAGACUGUGCAUCAACAGAUACUGGAAUGAAACUGGCCGGACUGGAGAUUUCAGCUGUCCUUCCUGCAGAAAGAGAUCUAAAACAUGUCCUGCUCUACAUCCACACACAGAAGACUCUAUAAAGCACCACAAACUAGAGGAUGAUGUUCUUCACAGUGUCAUACAGAAACACAAAACCUGUAUGAAGAACAGGUACGAGAGCUUAUUUGAGGGAAUCAAAACACAAGAGAACAGAACCCUCCUGAACAGGAUUUACACACAGCUCUACAUCAUAGAGGGAGAGAGUGAAGGGGUGAAUGAAGAACAUGAGGUUAUAAAGAUGGAGAAGACUUCAAACAAAUACUUACAGGAAACUCCAAUCAACUGCUUAGACAUAUUUAGACCUGUAGAAGAUCCUGAAGAAGAAAAGGCCAAACCAAGAGUGAUGGUGAUGCCUAAUCGUGUCAGACGAAAUAAAAAGAAAAAAGAUAAAGGACCAAAAGAGCUUAGAACUGUGCUGACUAAAGGCAUUGCUGGAAUUGGAAAAACAGUCUCUGUACAAAAGUUCAUUCUGGACUGGGCAGAGGGAACAGCCAAUCAGGAUGUAGAUUUCAUGUUUGUGGUUCCAUUCCGAGAGCUGAACCUGAUUAAAGAUGAGCAGUACAGUCUUUACACACUUCUCUGCACUUUUCAUCCUGAGCUCAAAGACCUGGACUCUAGGAUAUGUGAUGGGAGCAGAGUUGUGUUUAUAUUUGAUGGUCUGGAUGAAAGCAGAAUUCCACUGAAUUUUUCACAGUGUGAGAAAGUGUUUGACAUCACCGUGACAUCAUCAGUGGGUGUGUUAAUGACAAACCUUCUCAAAGGAGAGUUGCUGCCCUCUGCUCACAUCUGGAUUACCUCCCGACCAGCAGCAGCCAAUCAGAUUCCUCCUCAGUAUAUUAACCGUGUGACAGAAAUUCAGGGGUUUAAUGACCCGCAGAAGGAGGAGUACUUCAGGAAGAGAAUCAGUGACCAAGACCAAGCCCAGAAAAUCAUCUCCCACAUUAAGACAGUGAGGAGUCUCCACAUCAUGUGCCACAUUCCCGUCUUCUGCUGGAUCUCAGCCACUGUGCUUCAGAGAAUCAUGAAACAGAGUAAUACAGAAAUCCCUAAAACUCUGACUGAGAUGUACUCCCACUUUCUGAUCACUCAGACCAACAUGAAGAAUGAGAAGUAUGCAGAGACCUUCAACUGGGAUCCAGUGGAACUGCUGGAAUCUAACAGAACCAUGCUUUUGAAACUGGCUAAACUGGCUUUUAAUCAGCUGAUGAAGGGGAAUGUGAUGUUCUAUGAAGAGGACCUGAGAGAGUGCGGUAUUGAUCUCACUGAGGCCUCAGUGUAUUCUGGGAUCUGCACUGAGAUCUUUAGGGAGGAAUGUGUGCUUUAUCAAAGGAAGGUCUACAGCUUUGUACAUCUGAGCUUUCAGGAGUUCCUGGCUGCUUUCUAUGUGUUUCACUGCUACCUGAGCAAGAACACAGAGGAACUGAGGAAUUUUAAACCACAACACAGAAAAUGGCCUGAAAAUGUCCCACUGGAUGAGCUCCUGAGGGGAGCAGUGAGCAAAGCCUCAGAGAGUCUAAAUGGACAUUUGGAUCUUUUUCUUCGUUUCCUGCUGGGCAUCUCUCUGGAUUCCAGUCAGAAGGUCCUACAGAGCCUCCUUAUCCACACAGAGAGCACCUCAGAGACCAUCAAAAAAACAGUGACAUACAUCAAAUGUUUAAUCUCAACAAAAGAUCUUGAUACUGACAGAUAUGUUAACCUGUUCCUCUGUCUGACUGAAAUGAAGGACCAACAUUUAUCCAAACAGAUUGCGAAAUACAUAAGUUCAAACAAAAGCUCAAGAAAGGAACUGUCUGGUUCAGAGUGUUUAGCUCUUUCCUAUGUGCUGCAGACCUCAGAGGAGGUGCUGGAUGAGCUGGAUCUGAAAAAAUACAGCACAUCAAGAAUUGCUUAUAUGAAAUUGCUUCCAGCUGUGAACAACUGCAGAAAGGCUCUACUUGGUGGCUGUGGUCUCACCCUGAAAGACUGUAAAACCAUCUGCUGUGCUCUAAAAUCAGAAAGCUCCUGCCUGAGAGAGCUGGACCUCAGUAACAAUGACCUGCAGGAUUCAGGAGUGGAGCUGCUCUCUGCUGGAAUGAAAAGUUCACACUGUAAACUGGAGACACUCAGACUAGCUAGAUGUAAUCUUGGUCAAAAGAUGUGUAAAAAUCUAGGAUCAGUUUUAAAGUUGGAAAGCUCCUGCCUGAAAGAGCUGGACCUCAGUAACAAUGACCUGCAGGAUUCAGGAGUGGAGCUGCUCUCUGCUGGAAUGAAGAGUUCACACUGUAAACUGGAGACACUCAGAUUAUCUGGUUGUAUGGUCACAGAGAAAGGCUGUUCUUCUUUGGCUGUAGCUCUGAGUUCAAGUCACUCCCACCUGAAGGAAUUGGAUCUAACCUACAACCACCCAGGAGAAUCAGGACAACAGCUGCUCUCUUCUAGACCAGAAGAUCCAGGCUACACAGUCAGAAUGGAAUCUGGAGGGGUAAUCAGAAUAAAACCAGGACUAAAGAAAUACGGCUGUGAUUUCACACUGGAUCCAAACACAGCUCACCGCUCUCUCUCUCUGAGUGAGGAGAACAGGAGGGUGGAGUGUGGAGAGGAGCUGCAGUCGUAUCCUGAUCAUCCAGAGAGGUUUAAUAGGUGUCUGCAGGUUCUGAGUAGAGAGGGAGUUACUGGACGCUGUUACUGGGAGGCUGAGUGGAGCGGGAGGAGAGGAGCUGAAGUAGCUCUGAGUUAUAAAACCAUCAGCAGGAAAGGAUCAGACUGUUGGUUUGGAGGGAAUAUAAACUCCUGGAGUCUGAACUGCUCUGAUAAAAGAUACUCUGUUUAUCACAAUAAUAACAGAACUGAUCUCUCCCGUCCUCCCUCCGGCUGUAGGAGAGUAGGAGUGUAUGUGGACUGUCCCGCCGGCACUCUGUCCUUCUACAGAGUCUCCACUGAUACACCCUCACACACUCUCACACACUUACACACAUUCUACACCACCUUCACUCAGCCCCUCUAUGCAGGGAUUGGGGUUGGUUCUGGCUCCUCAGUGACUCUGUGUACAAUAGAAUAACCCUAACAGUGUGUGUGUGUGUGUGUGUGUGUGUGUGUGUGUGUGUGUGUGUGUGUGUGUGUGUGUGUGUGUUUGUUGGGGAGAUUAAGAGAUUUAGGAACCCAAGUUGUAGAUAUCAUUUCUUAUCUAGACUACAGAUUUACUCAUUCAAACUGAUUCAUCCAUCUACAGUUUAUCACAUUGUUUAUAAUUAUUGUAAUUAAAUGUAUUUCUUUAUUCCUAUAAUUCAUAUUGUUAUUUUGUUAGAUUAAUUCGUGUCAUUAUUGAAUUUUUAUUGACAGAGCUUCUGUUACUGUUACACUGUUUAACAUUUGUAUGUGUUUCUUUAUUAGUAUAUUUCAGGUAUUAUUUGAAUUUGUAUGUGUUUAUUUUUAUUUUAUUUAUGUGCUGCUUUUACCUUAUUUUUGAGUUAUUAUUUUGGAGCUUUUAUUAAUGUUACACUGUUUAAUGUUUGUGUCAUCAGUAUUUAAUUUGCCUGUGUCCUGUGCUUUUCUUUAUUUAAUCAAACCUAGUGGAGUCAUAUGAUUUAUACAUUUAAUCAGAUUAUUAACGACAAUAUUCUGUGAUUAAUUACGACUAAUUGUACUUCUUCUUCUUAAGACGCAAGUUUUUAUAGUAGAUGUUUAAAUGUUAAUAAAAGAAUGAAUGUAAGAAAUGUAAAAUGUAAUUAUUUUUAUAUUAGUGGUGUUAAUUAAAUACUAGUAUAUACUUGUAUGUUUUAGGGGAAAUAAAGCUGAUGUGGGGUGCUGGAAUAAAGAAUGCAUAAAUUAAUUAAUUAAAUUAGAUAGAGAAAAGUUUUUUUUUUUUUUUUUUUUUACUUUUUUUGUAAAUAUCUCGGCUCGGUUCUUUUGAGUAUUACUGUAUAGAGUCGCCAUUUUUAGGACCAAAUCAGGAAUUGGCUGGCUAUGUAGUUCUGUCCAUUUAUGUUGCCUUAUCAGUGUAUAAAUCACCAGAGAAAAACAGAAUUAUCACCAUAAACACAUGAAAACAUUAAAAACUCGACAGAAUACCCCGGCUAAGCUAAAAUAAAAAAAGCUUAGGCUGUCUAUACACUAAACGACUUUUAACAGACUGAAGUCUCACACCCUCUCACAUCUAGAGACUCGUCACAGACUUUUUACUCACAGGCUAAGAUUUUAUAAGGACUGGGGAUCACUAACUGCAAGACUGCAACUAGAUUCUUUCUGAGAUUAUUUCCCAUCAUGCUUUUGGUGGAGUUUACAUUAAAUAUAUAUAUUACAUAUUAAGUUAUAAAUAAUGUGUAUAUUAAUACUGUGAUUUAUCAGAGUAUUUAUAACUUUAGUCCCUAUUAAAUGUUUAUUUUUCUGCCACAUUGUUAGUUCUUA